AUGAGUGUGGGGGACGACAUGAGUGUGGGGGACGACAUGAGUGUGGGGGACGACAUGAGUGUGGGGGACGACAUGAGUGUGGGGGACGACAUGAGUGUGGGGGACGACAUGAGUGUGGGGGACGACAUGAGUGUGGGAGACGACAUGAGUGUGGGAGACGACUUGAGUCUGGGAGACGACUUGAGUGUGGGGGACGACAUGAGUGUGGGGGACGACAUGAGUAUGGGGGAUGACAUGAGUCUGGGGGACGACAUGAGUGUGGGGGACGACAUGAGUGUGGGAGACGACAUGAGUGUGGGGGACGACAUGAGUGUGGGGGACGACAUGAGUGUGGGAGACGACAUGAGUGUGGGGGACGACAUGAGUGUGGGAGACGACAUGAGUGUGGGAGACGACUUGAGUCUGGGGACGACAUGA